CGAGGUCCAAUAUUAUUUUUGUUGUGUGGAAACCGCAGCCCUGUGCGCACCUACCUGUAGGUUUGCUGGGAUAUCGAGCUUAAAGUGUGGCAUUGGAUCUUUUCCUUUAAAGCUUGGAGUUUGAGGGAUUUUUGUUGGGGACAAACAGAUAGGCAACAAGGAACUCGGAAACUCAGAAACUCGGGGCUUAUACCGGGACCGGCCUGCAGCAUGCCUGGAUCUAUACCAUUCUACCAGAAGCACCAUCGCCACUAUGAUCGUGGCUACAGGAGCAGGGAGACAGAGUCUAUGCUGAGCCAAUACCAGACCAGCAGCAGAUAUGCUGCUAGCAGCAGCUCCUCUGCCACCAGCGGGAGCAGGGGACUUAUAGUGUCCUCACAUUCUGGGCUGGAUGUGAGCAGACUGAGCCCUGCACCCAAGAGAGCCAAGCCAACUUACUUGGCUGUGGAUAAAGAAAACCAAAUCAUCGGCUAUGUAGUGCCUAUCUUCAGGGGCAGUGAAGACUUUGCUACAGGAUUUUCCGAUACAAAGCAAGCAAGGGUGAGGGACACUGCUACAUACAUGGCCCGCAGGGAUUUGUUCACCAGCGGCCUGGAGAUGGAGAGGUCAGAGCAGAUCUCCAGGAGGGAGGCCAUGCGCGAGUCAGCCAACCGCAUCUCUAAUAACAGAAGGAUCCAUGAACACGGGGAACACUUUAAGCGUAUGAACGAAGACAGCCUGAUGCACGCCCCGGAGUUUGUAAUUAAACCACGCUCCCACACCGUGUGGGAGAAGCAGUGUGUGCGACUGCAUUGCACUGUCAGCGGCUGGCCCGACCCACGGGUCGUCUGGUACAAAAACAAUGUGGCAAUUGACCCUCUUGCCAAUGCUGGCAAGUAUAAACUUGAGAGCAGAUACAAUGUGCACUCACUGGAGAUCAACAGAUGUGAUUUUGAUGACACGGCGCAGUAUCGCGUCUCUGCCAUGAACUCCCAGGGAGAGCUGUCGGCAUUUGCCUCUGUCGUUGUUAAGAGGUUCAAAGGUGAAGUUGACGAGUUCCUGCCAUCACCCAGACGGGCCAGUGCUGAAGAUGGCCCAGUUUCUGAGUAUGGCAUCAACUUCCAGACUCACAUUGUCGAUAACUUUGGUGUGUCGUUUGGAAGAGAGGGUGAGACCAUGAGUCUGGGAUGUACGGUCAUCAUUUACCCCGCCCUGCACCGCUACCAGCCAGAGAUCCAGUGGUACAGAGAUGAUGUUCUGCUGACUCCUUCUAAAUGGUACCAAAUGCACUGGAGUGGCGAUCGAGCCACGCUGACGCUCGCACACCUCAACAAAGAGGACGAGGGGCUCUACACCCUGCGUGUCACAACCAAGUCUGGAUAUGAAACCUACUCGGCCUACGUCUUUGUCAGAGAUGCUGAUGCUGAGGUUGAAGGAGCUCCCGGUGCCCCUCUGGAUGUCCGCUGCCUGGACGCCAACAAGGAUUACAUUAUUGUCACCUGGAAGCAGCCAGCUAUUGAUGGUGGAGACUCCAUCUUGGGCUACUUUGUGGACAGAUGUGAGGUUGGAACCAACCACUGGAUCCAGUGCAAUGACACUCCAGUUAAGUUUGCCCGUUUCCCCGUCACCGGCCUGGUGGAGGGUCGCUCCUACAUGUUCCGUGUGCGCGCAGUCAACAAGAGCGGCAUGAGCCGCCCGUCCAGAGUCUCUGAGCCGGUGGCUGCCAUGGACCCAGCUGACCGCGCUCGCAUGAGAGGUACCUCUGCUCCCUGGACCGGCCAGAUCAUCGUCACGGAGGAGGAGCCUGCAGAGGGCAUUGUUCCUGGCCGACCUCUUGAGCUGCAGGUGACUGAGGCAACCAAGAACUAUGUGGUGCUGAGCUGGAAACCCCCAGCAGGGAAAGGCCUUGAGGGUGUCAUGUACUAUGUAGAAAAGUGUGUCUCGGGCACAGACAGCUGGCAGAGGGUGAACACAGAGAUCCCAGUUAAGUCUCCUCGCUUUGCGCUGUUUGAUCUCGCUGAGGGAAAAUCCUACAGCUUCCGUGUCCGCUGCUGCAACUCUGCCGGUGUUGGCGAGCCAUCUGACCCAACUGAGGCCACCACUGUUGGAGACAAGCUCGAUAUCCCAUCUGCCCCAAGCAAAGUUGUCCCCACCAGAAACACAGACACAUCAGUCGUUGUGUCUUGGGAAGCGUCCAAGGAAGCUAAAGAGUUGGUUGGGUACUACAUCGAGGGGAGCAUCGUGGGCAGCAGCGUGUGGGAGCCAUGCAACAACAAACCUGUGAAUGCUACCAGGUUCAUCUGCCAUGGUCUGAUGACGGGAGAGAAGUACAUCUUCAGGGUGAGGGCAGUGAACGCAGCAGGGCUCAGCCAGUUCUCCCCCGAGUCUGAGCCUGUAGAGGUGAAGGCAGCUAUAGGGGGCGGCAUCCCUCAUGCCUCCCCUGCUCCACCCUAUGGCAUCACUGUCUUGGAGUGUGUGCGUGACUCCAUGGUGCUGGCCUGGAAACAGCCGAACUUCAUCGGUGGCGCUGACAUCACCGGCUACUUCGUGGAUUACCGUGAGGUCAUCGAUGGCGUGCCAGGAAAGUGGCAUGAGGGCAACAUCAGGGCUAUCAGUGAGAGGGCCUACAGGGUAUCUGACCUGAAGGAGAACAGGAAAUACCAGUUCCAGGUGCGAGCAGCCAACAUGGCAGGUGUUGGCAUCCCAUCUCUGCCUAGUGACACCUUCCUGUGUGAGGAGUGGACCAUCGCUGUGCCAGGGCCUCCUCAUGACCUGCAGAUAAGAGAGGUGCGAAGCAACUCUCUGGUAUUGCUGUGGAAACCACCUGUGUACCAGGGCCGUGAUCCGGUCAACGGGUUCUAUGUUGACAUCAAGGAAGCGGACGCACCAGUGGAGGCGUGGAAAGGGGUCAACCUUAAGGCCACAGAGAAGACGUACUUCAAGAUUAAGAAUCUGAGGGAAGGAGAGACGUAUGUGUUCCGUGUGCGUGCCCAGAAUCAAGCCGGUGUUGGACAGACCUCAGAUGUGACAGAGCCGGUCCAAGCUAUCACUAAACCAGGCACAAAGGAGAUCGUUGUGGAGGUUGAUGAUGACGGUAUCGUCUCUCUGAACUUUGAAUGUGGUGAAAUGAUCCCUGACUCCAAAUUUGUGUGGUCCAAGAAUUACGAGGAAAUCACAGACUCAUCCCGGCUGAACAUAGAGACCAAGGGAAACAAAUCCAAAGCUGCUUUUAAAAAUCUUGGUGAGGAGGACAUUGGCAUUUACUCAUGUCUUGUCACCCACACUGAUGGUGCUUCAUCCAGCUACACCAUCUCUGAGGCAGAGUUGAAGAGGCUGCUGGAGGUCAGUCAUGACCACAAAUUCCCCAUUAUUCCCCUGAAGUCAGAGUUGGCUGUGGAGCUGCUGGAGAAGGGUAAAGUUCGCUUUUGGCUUCAGGCGGAAAAGAUUUCAGCUAACGGCAAAGUGGAUUACAUCUUCAAUGACAACACUCUCUCUCAUGGGGAUAAAUACAAGAUGAACUUCGACAAGAACACCGGUGUGAUUGAGAUGAUCAUGGACUGCCUGACUCCGGCGGAUGAGGGUACCUUUACCUUCCAGAUGCAGGAUGGGAAGGCGACUAAUCAGUCCAGCCUGGUGCUGAUAGGAGACGUGUUCAAGGAGCUGCAGAAGGAAUCAGAGUUCCAGAUGAAAGAGUGGGUCAGAAAACAAGGUCCUCACUUUAUCGAGUAUUUGGAUUAUGAGGUGACACCCGAGUGCUGUGUGAUACUGAAAUGCAAGGUUGGCAACACGAAAAAGGAGACGUCUGCGAUUUGGUACAAAGACGGACACGAGAUCAAAGCAGACGAGCAUCUCGGCUUCACCGAGGGAGUGCUGAAACUGGAAAUUGCUCAGAUCUCCAAGAAGGACUCUGGUGUGUAUGAGGUCGUUCUGAAGGAUGACAGAGGAAAAGACACUUCCACGUUGAAUUUGAGAGAUCAAGGUUUCAAAGACUUGAUGAAUGAAGUUUUCAAUUUUAUUGCCAAUUCCUCAACUCCACUGAAGAUCACAAGCACAGAUCAGGGCAUCCGACUCUACACCUUCGUGAGCUACUACAACGAUUUACUCCAAGUGACAUGGCACUACAAGGAUUCGGCCAUUGCUUUCUCUGACCGCAUAAAGAGCGGUGUGGUGGGAGAGCAGCUGUGGCUGCAGAUCACAGAGCCCACGGAGAAAGACAUGGGCAAAUACGCCAUUGAGUUCAACGAUGGAAAAGGAGGCCUGAGGAGGACUGUUGAGCUGUCUGGUCAAGCAUUCGACGAUGCUUUUGCAGAAUUCCAGAGACUUAAAGCUGCUGCUAUUGCAGAGAGAAGUCGUGCUCGAGUGGCAGGAGGCCUGCCUGAUGUGGUCACUAUACAGGAGGGCAAGGCUCUCAAUCUCACCUGCAACAUCUCGGGCGACCCCGUACCAGAGGUCACCUGGCUGAAGAACGACAGGGAGAUCACGUCUGACGACCACUGCAUCCUCAAGUUUGCGUCGGGCAAGUUUGCCAGCUUCACCAUCACCGGUGUGAACACGUCGGACUCUGGCAAGUACAGCAUCCUGGUGAAGAACAAGUACGGCACCGAGAGCGGGGACUUCACCUUGGAGAUCAUAGAGGGAACACCUGACCUGGGCGUGACUUCAUACUGGACUGAUACGGAUGGAAACGUGGUAUUCAGCCCAAACACACCACAGGAAAAGAUGAAAACCCCCAUCACCGAGACGAAAACACAGAAGCGAAAGAAAUCUGUAAGUAAGACCCCUCCAACAGAAAAGGUUGAAGAUGAGAAGAAGGUAGCACCCAAAGCUUCAGAUUUACAAAAAACAGAAGAUGCAAAAGAAGUUUCUCACCAGCCUUUGACUGCUGACCAAUCAGAAGUGUCUGAGCGGCCUGCAGACACAGAGGAAGAGCCUGAACCAGGAGCUGAAACAGACAGAAACACUGCGUGAAACUAAAGAAGAAACUUAUUGAUCAUACUCACAUAUACAAACAUUAGCUACAAGUUUGACGUGUGCUUAGAGCCUUAUAUGACUUAUGUGUUUCCACUUAUUGUAACUUAGAUGCUGCAUUUACUCUUAUUAAAUAUUAAUGAUAGUAAUAUUCCACAUUUGUGUCGCAGAAUAUCUACAACAGAGUGUUAGGGUUACAUUGAGGAAAAAAAAAAAAAAUUAUAUUUGUAACUUCAAGGAAAAAAAUCAUUAUUUUCUGAGAAUAAACUUGUAAUAUUACAAGAUAGUCAUAAUUUUACGAGAAAAAAAAAGUCACAAAUUUACAACAAAAAAGACGUAAAUAUAUGAGAAUAAAGUGGCAAUAUUACGAGAAUAAAAGCCCUAAUUUUCAAGCAAAAAAAAGUUGUGAUUUAACAGAAUAAAAUCAUAUUUUUAUAAGAAAAAGGGGAUAUUAUAUUACGGAAAAAACAUAUUGCCAGAAAACUUUAAAACAGGCAAGAGCACAGGCAGCCUCCAUGGUAAACACUGUCACAGGUGCCAGUCAACAGGUAAUCUGCAAUAUAUUUAUUCCAUAAUAUAAUAUCCCCUUUCUCGUAAAAAUACAACUUUAUUCUCAUAACAUUACAACUUUUUUUCUUGUAAAAUUACAACUUUUUUCUUAUGAUAUUAAGACUUUAUUCUUGAAAUUAUGACUUUAUUCUCGAUAUCCAACUUUUUUCCCUUAAGAUGGCCCUAAUCUUCUGUCGUAAAUAUCUCAUCUGCUAACAAUUAAAAAAACCAAAACAAAACAUAACACACACACACACACACAGAGAGAGAGAGUUUUGAGAAUUUGCCUGCAUUUGAUUUGGAUAUUUUUGUUGUCUCUUUCAGACUAUUUGCUAAAAUAAACGAUCUGUUGGCAUAUUUAUUGGUUUAAAUAUUCACACUUGUGAGUUUAUAGUGCCACAUGAUUUCGGGACACAGAGUGAAACAGACUUAAGAGGCUUUUGGAGGUGAGGCACUCAGUAGUUGGAGGGGAGAACAAAGCAAACAUGAGAAAUUCUUGGGGUGAAACAGGGCAGAAUUAAUUUAAAUCAACAAGUGCAAAAGUUGGAACGACCCAGUGGAGACAAUAGUGCAGUGAGGGGAACCACAGCUCAUUACAUUAAAUAUUUUUAUACUUGUUCAAUGUUUUUGUGUUUGUUUUUCAAAUGCAUCUUAAUCUUUUAUACUGGCUCUAAAGAGCAGAUGACUGCAGCUUACUGACACAUUUCAGGGUCAAAGCUGGCAAAAGCAUAGACAAAAACAUACAGAUUAAUAAGAUAUACAUUUAUAGUAUAAUAGAUUAUUAAAGACUUUAUAAAUAGAUGUUUAUGCCAUAUACGUGUAAAUCGUGUUGCAGACUCGUAUGUAACAAUCUAGGGAAUCCCUGUGUAAACAUCCAGUCAUAGUCUGACGCAGCAGGUGUUUAAUUGGGAACUGAAACUCUCUACUUCCCCUCCAGAGUGGAUGGUACACUUCAUUUGUUCCUCCUUACUUUCAGUGGGUGGCACACUGCCUUCCUCGGCUGAGGAUUCAGGUCCAGUCUGGCCUCUGCUACUUUCAUGUUAUUAUUUAGGGGUAUGAAUGCACAUAUUUUAAAUAUCCCCCCAAAAUAGCCCCAAAUCUUCUUCUAUGCAAAUUGUACAUAUCUGCAGGAACAGACAAUGCAAAAAUGUAUUCUGGUGAUUGGGUUGCUCACUGUGAAUAAUAAAGUACUUUUUUUUCGCUGCACUUAAUUUCAGAAAAGGAAAAUAAUUGUGCUGCCUCUACUGGAAGGUUUGGAGUCCUCCCCAGGAAAAUUUGACCAUCAAACACUUAAUUUCCUGCAUUCUCAUGAAUUCUUUUGCAUUAAUUUAUGGUUUGAAUUGUCUAUAAUAUUGUCAGAAAAAAAAAGUCCUUUGCUACUUUCAUGUUCUUAUGGGUGGAGAAAAAUGCACAUGUGGAUGAUACAUUUUCCAGUAUUGGAUCUGGAUAGUGGAUAUUGUGUCACAGCUUUACAGCUAUGCAGCAAGCUAAACAUGCUUUUAAUAAAGGUUGAAGAGAGCA